AGGCUGAUAAGACCGAUAACCGAUAAGCGCCUUUCCCAUAGACUUUUCUGUCGUCACUUUUUAACUUGUUGUCUAUCCAUUUUCUGUUUGUCGCUAAUAAUUGCAAAUUGCAAAUCGCAAAUCGCAAAUCGCAAGUCGCAAAACUCAAGUUCAGAUGCUCAUACCAUGUUUCGCGCCUGCUCGUCUAAACGCUUAACAAGAGGCAUUGCCUCUCCUGUGCGAGCAUCCGCCAGGGCAUUCCGGCCCAUUGAGACUCGUCGUACUUUGGCCACUGUCCAAGUGCCAACUCCAAAGGAACCCACAGAGCUUGACCGAAUCACGACGUUACCAAAUGGCAUCCGUGUGGCUUCGGAGGCUCUCCCUGGAUCCUUCGCUGGAGUGGGCGUGUAUAUUGCGGGCGGGUCGAGAUACGAGAACGCCUACGUGAGCGGAGUAAGCCACAUAGUUGACCGACUGGCCUUUCAUUCUACGUACACCCGAACACCUGCAGAGAUACAAGAUACGGUAGAAUCCCUAGGAGGCAAUGUACAGUGCAUGUCGUCGAGAGAAUCGAUGAUGUACCAAGCUGCCACCUUCAACUCUGCUGUUCCGUUAGCAACGGAGCUUCUUGCCGACACCAUUCAAAAUCCUCAAAUUACGGAGGAGGAAGUGGCCAGUGAGCUUAUGACGGCCGAAUACGAGAUCAAUGAGAUAUGGAAGAAUCCGGAACUUAUCCUACCCGAGUUGGUACAUAUGGCGGCGUUCAAGGGUAAUACCAUUGGUAACCCCCUGUUGUGCCCCAGAGAGAGAAUACCGGCGAUCAACAGUUCAGUCAUCCGAGCAUAUAGAGACACAUUCUACCGUCCUGAGAGAACUGUUGUUGCAUUUGCCGGUAUACCACACUCCGAGGCGGUGCAAUUAGCGACCGACUUCUUUGGCGACAUGAAGGGAGCUGAGCUACCUAAUUUGUCAAAGUCUGGGUCGGAAACAUCAUUGGAUUCGCUAUCGUCUGGUCAGACUGACUCGUCAAAAUCUUCUUUCGCCUCCUCUUCUUCAUCGACAUCGUCUAGCAUAUUGUCCAAGAUACCCCUUUUCAAGAAUCUCUCUACUUCUGCAAGCCGCAAUGCUUCCGUCCUUAGUACACCAGCAAUCCCACCCACCCCCGAAGAAAUUUCCAAGCCCGCGCAUUAUACGGGUGGUUUUGUCUCUCUUCCACGACAAACUAUCACCAGCCCACAUCAGCAAGCAUUCACUCAUAUUCACCUCGCCUUCGAGGGAUUACCCAUAUCGUCAGACGAUAUUUAUGCGUUGGCGACCCUCAACACUCUCCUGGGUGGCGGUGGAUCCUUCUCGGCUGGAGGGCCUGGCAAAGGCAUGUAUUCAAGACUCUAUACUAACGUGCUUAACCAACAUGCUUGGGUUGAAUCUUGUGUCGCCUUCAACCAUUCAUACACCGAUUCUGGACUGUUCGGCAUCUCUGCCCAGUGUGCACCUUCGCACACGCAGCAAAUGCUCGAUACGAUGUGUCAACAACUGAGAGCACUUACCAUAGAUACCGGCUUCGCUGCUCUCAACCAAGUGGAAGUUAACCGCGCCAAGAACCAGCUACGCUCUAGUCUGCUGAUGAACCUCGAAAGCCGAAUGGUCGAGUUAGAAGAUCUCGGCAGACAAGUGCAGGUACAUGGCCGCAAAGUCCCCGUUCAACAGAUGUGCUACAAGAUCCAGUCACUAAGUAUCGGGGACCUGCGUCGGGUAGCGAAGAAAGUCGUGGGGGGAUUGGUGCAGAAUCCAGGCAAGGGAAGCGGUUCUCCAACGGUGGUAAUACAAGAAGCACAAGACUUCUCCAACACCGCCAAGUCGAUGACCUGGGAAGAGAUUCAGGACCGGAUCUACAAAUGGGGCUUGGGCAGACGUUAGAUGAUGAGAGGCCCAAACAUAUUCGGAUGACAGGGCUCCUGGUGGUCACUUGGAACCAUGCUAGUAUGACUUACACGAUCUCGGCUCCUACGCGUUCUCGCCUCUAGGCGCACCUCAACGGAUGUAUAAUGGUGUACAAUAAUGAUUUUAGAAAAAAGUCGGAUUCUACAUGAUAAGGACCAAGGAUCGAUUAACGAGCAUAGCUGAGUAAUCGAGGUUUUCUAUUAUACUCGGAUUCGGAAAUGGGAACACUGCGUCGAAUUCAGGCCGGCUAAUCUUCAGUGGAGGAUAUACGCCAUCCCCUUGAGCACCGCGUAAGCUCUAGUGUCGAGUGUAGCGAGCCAAAUGAGGGUCCGUUCUACCUCGGGUGUCGAAAAGUCAGGUACCUACUAGGUUGGUAUGUCCGUACAUAAGGAAGUGGAAAGGAAUACCUCGAGGAUGUAGGACAAACCCAGGUUCGAGUCCACCACAACGAAGCACUGCUUAUUACGUCGCCACGUUCUAUAUUCAUGCGGUGAGCUACAUACUACAAGGUAGAUAGGUAGUAGUAGGUACUGUAAAUAUGUAGAUAUAUACUAGGUAUAUUCAGUAUCCAGA